CACCUGUACAAAACUAAUUUGUGUGGGUUUUUUCCUUUCUCCAGGGCCAAGUGCUUUCGGGGCAAAAAAGUCCUUGGAGAUUUUGAUAUCAAGGUGGAACAGGCGGAAUUUUCAGAGCUCAACCUGGUGGCCCAUGCAGAUGGGACCUAUGCUGUGGAUAUGCAGGUGCUCCGGAAUGGCACAAAAGUUGUUCGGUCCUUCCGGCCAGACUUCGUGCUCAUCCGGCAGCAUGCAUUCGGCAUGGCAGAGAACGAAGACUUCCGCCACCUGAUCAUUGGCAUGCAGUACGCAGGCCUCCCCAGCAUCAAUUCACUGGAAUCUAUUUACAACUUCUGCGACAAGCCAUGGGUGUUUGCCCAGCUGGUGGCCAUCUACAAGACACUGGGAGGAGAAAAGUUCCCCCUCAUUGAGCAGACAUACUACCCCAACCACAAAGAAAUGCUCACACUGCCCACAUUCCCCGUGGUGGUGAAGAUUGGCCACGCUCACUCGGGCAUGGGCAAGGUCAAAGUAGAAAACCACUAUGACUUCCAGGACAUUGCUAGUGUGGUGGCUCUUACCCAGACCUAUGCCACAGCAGAGCCUUUCAUUGAUGCCAAGUAUGACAUCCGGGUCCAGAAGAUUGGCAGCAACUACAAGGCUUACAUGAGGACCUCAAUCUCAGGGAACUGGAAGACGAACACUGGUUCUGCAAUGCUGGAGCAAAUUGCCAUGUCAGACAGGUACAAACUGUGGGUGGACACCUGCUCUGAGAUGUUUGGUGGCCUGGAUAUCUGUGCUGUCAAAGCUGUACAUGGCAAAGAUGGGAAAGACUACAUUUUUGAGGUCAUGGACUGUAGUAUGCCGCUGAUUGGGGAGCACCAGGUAGAAGACAGACAAUUCAUCACCGAACUAGUCAUCAGCAAGAUGAACCAGCUGCUGUCCAGGACUCCUGUCCUGUCCCCUCAGAGACCCUUAACCACCCAGCAACCACAGGUAAGCAGCUGGGAGGAGACUGAAAGGAGCUGGGAACCAUUCUCAAGCCCAGAGGCUAGUUGAGAAGAGGUCAGAUACCCACAGGGCUGAAGAAGAUCUAACGAGUCUUUACCUCUUCUUUCCCUUCCCUUUCCUCACUUCUGGAGGCCUGAUUAUCUCCCACCACCCCUUAUUGGGGGCCUUAUCAUUAGCAAUCUGCAGUAGCAGCUACAGGACUGUCUAGACAUGGAAUACUGGAUCUCUGCCAUCUGAAUUUGAAGUUUCUGGGGAACCAGAGCCAGUUUUCCCAGGGUCUAAGGAUGCUCCCAUUUUUAAACUGAGAGGUCUCUGAGGAAGAACUGGGUCAAAUUGCUCACCAGCUGUUCACUGUGAUGGGUCUGCCACAUUUGUAAAAAAGAAGGGUCUUACUG